AGCCGCUGCUGGUCUUGAGUAUACAAGACUGACCUCGGUGGACCGAUGGUCUGAUUCAGCAUAAGGCACCUACUGAAGAAGGUCUCUGCAGCAAGUGAAGACCCUCAGCUUCUGAAUAACUUCUGGUUCAGCCUUGAAUCUCAGUGACACUUUGUGGUGGGAAUCCCGUCUGUUCUGCGGAACCUGCCUUUGGCAUCCUUCUCUGAACCAGUGGCUUUUGGUCGCCUCUUCUGAUGAGAAGGGAGGCCUGAGCCGAGCAGAGCUACAGUCACCCAUUGGUGAGAGAAAAUGGCUGCCGAGAGGACAAGAGGGUCUGCAGUCCUGGGUUUCCAUCUCCGGGCUCUUCUAGAGCAGGACACAACAGCAGCCAUGAAAACAGAGCGGCUGGUGCCGGAGGACCCCAAACCAGAGCUGGAAUCGGGGGGGACCAGAGAUGACCCUGAAGACCCCCAGCCGGUGACAACCACUCAGGGUCUAUCUAGAGCACCACAGCGCAUUAAACGGGAAACCGAAGAGGGACCAGUGUCACAGCGCUGGGGAUCGCAGAGGAAGAUCAUUCAGUCCUGCCUGUCGGGCGAGCGAACCCCUCAGCGUCUAGAGACGCCGCCGACAGAAGUUAAACAGAAUUUCUCAGCCCUGUUUGAACGAGCGGCGGCCACCAGUCCGUGGCCUGACGACGAGAGGGAAGGUAGGCCCAUACCGGGACUGAACAGAACCACCCCCAAGCCCAACCGUGAGCCAGACUUCACAGACCAAAGAGACCUUGACGAAAUCAAAGUGAUCAAGAUCGAAGAACCUGGGAGCCCCGAGCUCCAGCGGCAGCGCUUCAGGCAAUUCCGCUACCAGGAAGCCGCCGGCCCGUGGGAGUCCUACUGCCGCCUCCGGGAGCUUUGCCAUCAGUGGCUGAU